GAAUUUGACGAUUUCUUACUAUUUCAGACAUGACAUUUCAAUAUAGUAAAUGAUGGAGACGUCCCCUGGGGAUGAGUCAACGAGAGGAAGCCCACUUUCGCCACUGCUGGCUGGAGGCGUGUCCACCAGCCUCACCAGAUCUGGAGAUAACCCGAUGCUGUUUCAGGACCACACAGACCAGUGCGGCAGCGAUCCGGACGGGGAGAGCGUCUCCGACCACCAGCCGCAGCAGCAGCAGCCGCAACAGGCGCAGCAGCAGCAGCAGCUAGCGCUGCAGCAGCACUUCCCCGGCCAGUACCACAACCACCAGUACCCGUUGUCUGGCUUCAGCCCCGGCAUGGCUUCGGCGGCGUCGGACUUUACGGACGCGCCCGACACGAAGGAGGACGUUGAAGAGGCGUGCCCCGUGUGCGGCGAUCGCGUGUCCGGCUACCACUACGGACUACUCACCUGCGAGUCGUGCAAGGGAUUCUUUAAGCGGACUGUGCAGAAUAAGAAAGUGUACACGUGUGUCGCCGAGAAAAAGUGCUUGAUAGACAAGACGCAGCGGAAACGUUGCCCCUACUGCCGCUUCCAGAAGUGCCUCGAGGUCGGGAUGAAGCUGGAGGCCGUUCGUCCCGACCGCAUGCGCGGAGGCCGAAACAAGUUCGGCCCGAUGUACAAGCGCGAGCGGGCGCUGAAGCUGCAGGCGCGGCGCAUGGCUGUUGCUGCACAGAUGGGCGCCACCUGCCAGCUGAACGGCGUCGUCAAGUCGCUCGCCGCGUUCCCGUCCUUCCAGCAGGACAGCAAGUCGGACAUUCAGAUACCGCAGCUGAGCUCGUCAACGAACUCGCCGGACUCGUCCGCGCUCGAUGACGCGCACAACAACAACAUCAAGGAGGAGGGCGCCGGUGGUGGUGGCGGCGGAGGAGGCGCGUCUGCUGGCAGCGGGGCGGCGCGCGAGAGCAAGCUGUGGCAGUACUAUCCGACCGUCACCAAGGUGUUGAACAACGCACCGCAGAAGGUGCCGCAGGUGAUCCGCGAGCUGUCGGCGAGCACGAUCGACGACAAGACCUGGCAGGAGUCGCUCUUCUCGCUCAUCAACUCGCAGACAUACAACCAGUGCGAGGUGGACCUGUUCGAACUGAUGUGCAAAGUGCUCGACCACAGCCUUUUCUCGCUCGUCGAGUGGGCGCGGCGCUCCUACUUCUUCAAGGAUCUAAAGGUUGAGGACCAGAUGAAGUUGCUGCAGUUGUCGUGGUCCGAGUUGCUUAUCCUCGACAUGGUCUACCAUCAGCUGCACAACUCGCUGCCCAAUGAGACGCUGCUGCCCAACGGUCAGAAGUUCUCGCUGCUCAACCUGACGCUGUUUGGAUUUUCCAACAUGGCGGAGCGACAUCACGAGCUGCUACAGCGGCUGCGACAGAUCAAGUUCGAUCGCAACGAGUAUCUGUGCAUCAAGUUCAUCAUCCUGCUGAAUCCAGACGUGAAGGGGCUGACAAAUAGCAAGCUGGUCGAAGAAGCUCAGGAGAAGGUCAACAAUGCGCUCAUGGAGUAUUGCUCCAGCUUCUAUCCAGAAGUGGAAGACAAGUUCGGACAGAUCUUGCUGCGUCUGCCGGAGCUGAGGCUCAUCAGCAUUCGUGGCGAGGAGUUCCUUCACUUCAAGCACCUCAGUGGCGGCCUGCCCACCCAGACCCUCCUCAUGGAGAUGCUUCACGCCAAGCGGCGGCUCUGAGGGUGCACACAAGCGCACCCGAGAGGUGUCAGACUCAUGGUGUCCUGUGGGCGCAUCGUGGCGCCACCUAGGCACGCAGCCUACUCUGCGGAAGUGUAUCCCGCCGAGUUGGGUGACGUCCGUGUCGCUGGGGUCGCUGCUCGCGGGCGUGACUCGAUAGCUAGAACAACUCUGGCCUUCACCACAGCAGCAGGUGACGGCAGCAGAAGCCGCUACUCGCCCUGGUAGUUGCGUGGAACCGCGGGAGAACACGGUGCCACUGUGCUGGAGGUUUGCUGGACACGAGCCACCACCGAGUUUAGCCGCGUGCUUUGUGCGUGCGUCGGAGUAAAUUCGCGUGCUGGUAAUUUUGUUGGCAGAGGUUUUUAGUACUGACAAGAUAACGAUUAGUGAGAAUUUGUGAGGGAUGGUGAACUUCCCGUGGGCUGGUGAUCGCAAUCAAAUAAACUGAACAUUUGCGCUGCCAGCAUUUCUUAUGUUGGACUUGGAAGGUUCUGCAAUCGACAUGAUUAUCGAUGGUUGAGGCCAGACACUCUGCGUAAGGCAACAAGCAACAAGCUAGACAGAGAGAGAAAAUGAGGGGAGUGUCUGUGGCAGCGACCAGCAGCUUGUGCAUAGCCAAUCACGCAACACUUUUACAUUUGUUUAUUUUGAAAUGGAGGUUCAAAAUGAACUAUAGAGUGUUGCGAAAAAUGAUUUUUAGUAGUUAGGUAAUGAACAAAUGUCUUAGGAAAGAUGUCGAUGGAAUGAUGUGUGGGAUGGCAGUUGGUCUCAGCAUUGCAUCCAGGUGAGAAUCUAAGCCAGUUAUCCAGAGCCAUUGAUUAGUUGUGCCUGGUAGGUGGAGCUGAGAACGUGACAGGUACGUGCGUGAGAGCUCAGCCAACCAAAAUCUUUUGAUACCAAAAAUAAAUAGCGCCUAAUCGACACAACAUCCACUCCACAUUCACAGAGAUUUAUUUUUAAUAGUGUUAUAUCUACAAUACGUAUAUCACUCAGCUUGUACGAAAUUCACUCAUCACUUGAAUUCAUCCUGGCUGGCUAUAGACUCGAAUAUGAUAUACCCCUUACACAUGAAUGUAAAAUAAACCAUACUACUGCAGUAGGUCUCAAACUAUUUCAUUACUAUCGUAUAUGUGCAGCAUGUACAUAUCGAGUGUAUAUUAGACUAUUGCCUCAUAUACACUCGAACUUACGUAGAUGUGGGUUCAUGCCUGCGCCAAUUAUUCUCUAGUGAUGACCCGGCUGUAUUAGUGGUGUGGUAGGUUCCAUCCAGGUAGAUAUUCUGUUUUCUCAGAGCAUGCAUACCAAACUGUGUGUGUUUGUGUAUGGUCGACUUAAGGGUAUGGAGUGGGGUGGGUUGGAAGGGAAAGGGAACAGAGUCAGAGCAAGACAUUGCAGUUGCGGUGCAGUUAAGCACACAGAGUGACUGAGGUGGCGGCUUUCAUCGGGGUACGUUUACAAUAGAUAGCUCUGGGUGUGUGUAUGUGUGUGUGUGUGUGUGUGUGGGUGGGUGUGUGUGUGUGGGUGGGUGUGUGUAUGUGUGUGUGUGUGAACGUGCGUGUGCGUGCGUGCGUGCGUGCGUGCGUGCGUGUGUUAUUCACUUGGUUUUGUACUGUGAUAUUACGUUGUGUGAUUAGAAAUGAUUCUGAAAAACUCGGGAACUGCUUCCUGCAUAUGAAUGGGGGAGAUGAGCCGCACCAGUCUCGUUGCAUGUCGCCUGAGAACAGAAUAUGUAGCGAGGAUUAAAAACUUUGUUUCUUGUACUGCUACUGUGACUGCCUAUCGCAGUGGCUGUUCCAUUUGAUCGCCUCUGUCCUCGUUAGCCAACCUUCGUACGGUUCCUGUAGUGGCGAACGUACCAGAACUCUUAUUAUUUAAUACAACUGUAAGGUUUUAUUACAAAAUAUACCACACUGUACCCAGCCUGUAGUAUCAAACAUACCACACUCCACGCCAGCCCAUGGUAUGACACUUCACCCCAACCUAUAGUAUAGAACAUACCACACCGCAAACUGUAGUAUAGAACAUACCACACUGCACUCAACAUAUAGUAUAGUACAUACGACACUCCACCCAGCCUAUAGUAUAGUGCAUACCACUACCCAAACCGUAGUAUAGAACACACCACAAUCCGACCAGGAGUAGGACAUAUAUAUAUACAACACUCCACCCCAGCCUGUAGUAUAGAACGUAGAGAACAUACCACGCCGUAAUCUUUAAUAAUAACUAAUAAGGCAACCCUUGUCAGCUGUGCUGGUAUUCUGCCUUGUAUAUAUUGAUGUAAUAACGCGGUUAAACAUAUGGUAUUCUGUUUUCUGUGACCAUUAGCGGAAUUUAGCCAGUGAUGAAUAAUUCAUAAUUUAAGCCUGUGUAGAUAUUAUCAAAGUUGGCUGGAGCACUAUUUUUGUGAUCGGAAAAUGUAGUACUAUGUGAACGCAAUUGUUAACGGUGUUAGUAUAUCGACCACUGGUGGAUGACGUGAUGCCUUUACAUGGUUUUAGGAUGGUAAUGUUAGUUUGACAACUUGUGUUAGUUUCGCACUGACAGAUUAUUUGUCGUCCGUGUUGCGUGGACGACUUAAUGCACGUGUAGCUAAUUUAGGAUCUGGGAUAGCAUGAAAUUUGCAUGAGUGGAUUAAUACAGAAACUGCAUGGUCAUUCAUUAAUUACCACGUUUCACUGGAUUAAUCAAAACCCAUUUCCUGUGUCCUUUAUCGCCAUCUCGCUGUAUGUAGUACAUUUUUACAUAGCUGAGGCACAAGGCAAACUUUAUAGAUUGAUAUUUGUAUCUAGGCUGCAGGCUGGCCUAUUAUUGUUUCCCACAGUGCUUCAGAUCCGUGGCCACCGUACAAACACAGUGCUAGCUGGCUGAUCUAGAAGACGCGGUCGUGUUUGUAAAUCAAUUGGACAGUUGUAAAGAUUUAUGAUAACGUUCGAAGUUCAUGGUACGACUUGUGUGGCAAUUCGCAUAGACGUCAUUCGCGUUACCGAAAUAAGGAGAUGUAUAUUUUUAGAAUCGAACGACGCGUGCGUGCCCGAAUUCUCGCGCAGACGAUAAAGUGCCAGUAUGUCAUGUGAUGUAUCGCGACAUUUACGGUCCUGUCGCUGCGUGCGACCAGCUGACAGCAUAUUGCUACGAGUUUUAGAACAGUAUCUUGCAGCGACUCGCACGUUUCAAAUCGACAACGGAUCAUAUCAUAGGCAUAGUGAUUGCUGAGUUUAUAUUGUCAUUUUGUUCAUGUGUUCGUGUAUGAAGUGAUUCCACAAACACCGGUGGAUCUCCGCAUUGUACAUUUUUUGUUGGAAUGAUUUAUGAAAAUGUACAUUUUCAUAUUAUUUGAAUCGUUUAUAGCCAGUGCUGUAUAUAAUUUACAGAUAUAUACUGUACACACAAUUGUUUAGUCAUUUAUCAUGUUUUCACUAUUUUAAAGUAUAUUUCCUUUAAUGACUUAGUAGUUCACAGCUAGAGCGGUCUGUAGAAUAGAUCUAUCAUAGAUUGUAGAUAAGAACAUUAUUUUGUGUUACUUUAUAUUAGCAGAUGGCACGUGACAGUGCAUCUGUCAUCCAUUCUCAAUUCUCUGCGAGUCGUUUAUAAUGGUGUACAGACAUGUCAACAGAGAAAUAAAUAGGCAUUACUAACAGAAA